CCUCCUCCUGCACCUGCUCCUCCUCCUGCUCCUGCACCUGCUCCUGCACCUGCUCCUCCCCCUCCUCCUGCUCCUGCACCUGCUCCUGCACCUCCCCCUCCUCCUGCUCCUGCACCUGCACCUCCUCCUGCUCCUGCUCCUGCACCUGCUCCUGCACCUGCUCCUCCUCCUGCUCCUCCUCCUGCUCCUGCACCUGCUCCUGCACCUGCUCCUCCCCCUCCUCCUGCUCCUGCUCCUGCACCUGCUCCUGCACCUCCCCCUCCUCCUGCUCCUGCACCUGCUCCUGCUCCUGCACCUCCUCCUGCACCUGCUCCUGCACCUCCUCCUGCUCCUGCACCUGCUCCUGCACCUGCUCCUGCACCUCCCCCUCCUCCUGCUCCUGCUCCUGCACCUGCUCCUGCACCUGCUCCUCCCCCUCCUCCUGCUCCUGCACCUGCUCCUGCACCUGCACCUGCUCCUCCUCCUGCACCUGCACCUGCACCUGCACCUGCUCCUCCCCCUCCUCCUGCUCCUGCACCUGCUCCUGCACCUGCACCUGCUCCUCCCCCUCCUCCUGCACCUGCACCUGCUCCUCCCCCUCCUCCUGCUCCUGCACCUGCUCCUGCACCUGCACCUGCUCCUCCCCCUCCUCCUGCACCUGCACCUGCACCUGCUCCUGCACCUGCUCCUGCACCUGCUCCUCCUCCUGCUCCUCCUCCUGCUCCUGCACCUGCUCCUGCACCUGCUCCUCCCCCUCCUCCUGCUCCUGCUCCUGCACCUGCUCCUGCACCUCCCCCUCCUCCUGCUCCUGCUCCUGCACCUGCUCCUGCUCCUGCACCUCCUCCUGCACCUACUCCUGCACCUCCUCCUGCUCCUGCACCUGCUCCUGCACCUGCUCCUGCACCUCCCCCUCCUCCUGCUCCUGCUCCUGCACCUGCUCCUGCACCUGCUCCUCCCCCUCCUCCUGCUCCUGCACCUGCUCCUGCACCUGCACCUGCUCCUCCCCCUCCUCCUGCACCUGCACCUGCACCUGCACCUGCUCCUCCCCCUCCUCCUGCUCCUGCACCUGCUCCUGCACCUGCACCUGCUCCUCCCCCUCCUCCUGCACCUGCACCUGCUCCUCCCCCUCCUCCUGCUCCUGCACCUGCUCCUGCACCUGCACCUGCUCCUCCCCCU